AUGCUGCAAAAUAGUAUUACCUGUACAGUAGACAGGAUAGAUGAUAAUGAUAUCUGGAACUAUGAGACUGGAUUAGAUAGUGAUGAAGACUCAAAAGUUGUACUUAAAGAAAAGAAAUCUUUUGUUGCAAGACCAGAAAUACAUGCCCAAUCUAACCAGAAUACUGUAGUUAAGUCAUCUAUUAUUUUCCAAAGAGUUCAAGCAAGUGAGAGGCGGAUUAAUAAUUUAUUGGAUGGAUUAGGAACAGAUAUAAAGCACUUCCAUAUAUUAUUUAAACAAAGACAAUUCACAUCUAAACCACAAGGAAGAAAGCAAUUAUUUUAUACACCAGAUAAGAUGUACACUACUCCAGAUUUAUGGCUGUUCAAACCUGAAGCUAUGUACGAUUCAACUACAUUAAGUAUAAAAGAUUUGAUGAAUAAUAUACUAGACCCAUUUCCAAAUAUAGGAAAAGAAUGGUAUAGUCAUAGAUUUGAAGCAAUUAAAAAGCUAACAUAA